GGGUGACCUAUCUGUGGAGGAUUAUGAUCUAGAAUUCAACAGAUUGGCAAGAUUCUCUUAUAUAUGUCAGUAUGGAAGAGCUUAAGGUUGAACGAUUUAUCGCCGGUCUAAGGGAGAACAUUAGAGGUUACGUGGCCUCUCAGGCAUCUACAGAUUAUACAGAAGCCCUUAAAAUGGCGACCCUCAUUGAUGCGCCUCAUACUGACAAAUUACAGUCAGGGUCAGCCCAGAAAUCCCAUACCGCAGUUCAGGGGAAACAGAUAAAUCGGAACUAUCCUAGGAUUGGUAGACCACCUCGUGGUGGCAUUGCCAAUCGCGAAAGAGCCUCAGUACAGAACAGAAAUGAAUGUCCAAAGUGUCAGCGCCCUCACCUGGGAGAAUGUCGCCUGGAUACUAAUGUAUGUUAUAAAUGUGGCCAAAUGGGACACUUUGCAGCAAACUGUCCUCAAAAGAGAGAUGUUAACACUAACCGACCUGCAAUAAGGAAUCAAAGGGGCUGGGGUGCUCAACAGCAGGAGUGAGCUAUAGCCCAUGCAACCACAGGCAGGCAGGCCGACGCACCUGACGUAGUCGUUAUAGGUACACUAACCGUCUUUGGCCGUAUGGCUUUUGUACUAUUUGAUUAAGAUUCUACACACUCGUUUAUGUCUGAGAAAUUCGUUGACUUAGCGCACCUAGAAAAAGAACCUUUAGAGACCAUUCUAUCAGUAUCCACCCCUGCUCACGAGUUAUUAAUGGCUACUCAUAGAGUUAAGGGGGGUAAUGUGAUAGUGUCGGGACGUGUCAUAAAAGCUGUGUUAAUAGUACUAAGCAUGCAAGACUUCAAUGUCAUUUUGGGUAUGGAUUGGCUAGGCGAGAAUCAUGCUCUAAUAGAUUGUGAAACUCAAAUAGUUACUCUCAGACUCUCGUCAGGGGAUAGUUUUACAUAUGAGGGAGCCACUUCCAAAAGAACUCUAAGCGUCGUAACUGCACUAAAGGCUAGAAAGAUGAUCUGCGGUGGUGCAAGCGCAUUUUUAGUCAGUGUGACCCUAGACUGUAGUAAUGAACAGACAGUCUCAUCAGUACACAUUGUCAGGGAAUUCACUGAUGUUUUUCCUAAAGAUUUGCCAAGUUUGCCCCCUGUUAGGGAAGUUGACUUCGGGAUCAACCUAGAAUUAGGAACUGCGCCGAUCUCUAAGGCACCCUACAGAAUGGCACGUGCAGAACUCAGGGAAUUGGAGGAACAGUUACAGGAGCUAUUGGAUAAGGGUUUCAUAUGACCCAGUGUAUCACC